AUGUCGGACGCUCUGCCAGCCAUCGGCGCCCACUGCGCCCUCCCGUCCUGCAACCUCAACGACUUCCUCCCCAUCCGCUGCCCUUGCGGCCGCCUCUUCUGCAGGGACCAUGUCGCCCCCGACAAGCACGCCUGCCCCGUCGCCGCCGACCGCACAGCCGCCCUCGGCGGAGAGCGAUCGACGCCUGCGCGCGAGAAGUGCGCCAAGGAGGGGUGUGCGCGGCCGAGCCUGGAGAGCGCAGUCCGCGAUGAGGGGAGGGGAGAGGACGCUAGGACGGCCGCGCGGUGUGCGGGAUGUGGCGGAGGGUUCUGCGCGUACCACAGAGACCCGUCCUCCCACUCGUGCUCCCCCACGACCCCCGCUCCUCCACCCAAGAACCAGACUGCACGCGACCUCCUCGCUAAGAACUUCCCCACCACUCCCUCCUCCUCCUCCGCGAAACCCGCAGCCCGCGCGAAGAAGCCAGCGAACAAACAGAUCGCACUCAUGCAGAUCCGCCGCCGCGCACAGCCUGCUGACCCAAAGGACGACCGCCCCAGUGUGAACGUCCCCGUCGGCGAGCGCCUGCACGUCGAGCUCGAGCUCGAGGGAGGUCUUCCAGGCGCGCCCAGCACUGGAGGGCAAAUCGUGUAUUGGUUCAGAAAGAACAUCGCUACGGGCAGAGCACUGGAUGUGCUCGCAGGAAGAAUGGGUGUCAGCACGACAAACCCGUUGCAACUCUCGAAGAUCAGUGCAAGUGGUGACACCAUCGCGCUACGGAACGACGCGCCUCUCGCCGACCAAGUUGAGGACGCAGACGUCAUCCGUUUAGCAAGGCGCACAUAG